AUGGACAUCUUGAAGGAUGCUGGUUUUGAGAACUGCAAGCUUGCUUCUACUCCUAUGGACUACAGUACUAAACUCAGCAAAACUGAAGGCGUUCCCCUCUCAGAUUCUACAGAAUACCGAAGGUUAGUUGGCAAAUUGCUCUAUUUGACCAACACCCGGCCUGACAUUAGCUUUGCCAUUAGAAAGUUGAGUCAAUACCUUGACCACCCCACUACUUCUCACCUCAGUGCUGUCCAUCGAAUCCUCAGAUACAUCAAAGCUUCACCUGCCACUGGCAUAAUGUUCUCGGCCACCUCUGAUCUCUGUGUCACUGGAUUUGCUGAUUCCGAUUGGGCAGCAUGUCCUGAUUCAAGAAGAUCUGUGAUAGCCUACUGCUUCUACAUCGGCACUGCCCUGGUUUCAUGGAAGAGCAAAAAGCAAGUGACAGUUGCUUGUAGUUCAACCGAAGCUGAAUAUCGAGCGCUUGCCGCUGCUACUAAGGAGGCUAUUUGGCUCAGUUUCAUUUUGAAGGACUUGGGAAUGCCUCUCACUAAGCCCAUUAGCACCUACUGUGAUAGGCAAUCUGCAAUUCACAUCGCCUCCAACCCGGUGUUCCACGAGCGCACGAAGCAUAUAAAGGCCGAUUGUCACAUUUUACGCGACAAGUUCCAAGAAGGUCUUAUUCAUCUUCUUCCCAUCUCUACCAUUGAAUAG